CAGUGGGAGGUGUGUGGUAGCCAGAAACAGCCUUCACCACCAAAUUAUGAUACAACUCAACAUUUCACGGUCCUAACCAGUCGUCAUCUGCUCUUAACUUGACCGCUGUAACCUCCAGGACGAUGCAUCAUUGAAUUAACGCCUGCAGAAACUUGAAAGCCGCUAGAAAGUGUUGUCAGUGGCUGUAAGCGCCCACACACACCUGCCACAGCCUGCACCACGCCCCAGCCAGCAGGGCGAGGGAGGCGGCGCUACACACAACGCUGAACACACCACCAAGCAAAGCAGGAGAGACGCAGCCACCCAAACCUUUGUGUGACGAGGGACUGACUGAGCUGGGCGUGUCGGAGGCUAUGGGCGAGGAGUUCACAGCGCAGGUCAGCCACACCAUGCAGCACGAUGAGUGCCCGCAGCUGUUCACCAAAGUCGGGGAUGCGUGUGUCUCCGUGUUCUACCCUGGCAAUCUGACGUGGGGCGAGGCUCACCAGUUCUGUCACACCAUCGGAGGGGAACUGCUCAACCUGAACCGCGACUACGCCUUCUACGCCACCCUCGUGCAGCACCUCAAGCAGGACCAGAUGACCGCUGACUUCUGGCUGGGAGGGACAAGGCAGAACGAAACCUCUCCUUGGAUCUGGCUGGACCGUUCCCCCAUUGACGUCAGCCUCCCCUACUGGGCCGUCAGGUACGCCGAGGGAUGCACACCACGGCUGGUAGAGAGUGUCCUGAACAACGCAACACGUCUCGCCAACCAGGGGCACUGCUACCACUUCAACAGGGCCCCCUCUGAGCCCAUGGCGGGACAGUGUCUGGCCCUCACCUACGAGAGCUACUUCCAGAUGUCAGACGAGAACUGCCUCACCUACAAGAGCCCGCUGUGUAUCAUGGAGAAGCACGUGGACUAGAGAGGUACUGCUGCAGAAGGCGCUGUAGAAGGGAUAGAGAAUGUUGUAGAAUGGUGGGAACUAACUAAUAACAUUGAUAAAUACUUAGUGAAUGUUUGCUGCGAUAGAACACAGAACAGGCUAAGGAACAUAACAUUAAUGGGAAUAUAGAAAACAUUUAGAGGGUGAACAGCUAAAGAACAGAAUACUACAGGUCAAAGAACAUUACUGGGAAUAUAAAACUAGAGAACAUAGUAGAGAACAAUGAGUAGAGAAUAUUGCUGAGGAAUAGAGAACACAGUAGCUUGAGAACAGAGGGGGCUUUAUAGAUUACCUUUUGAUAACGUAGACAGAUUUAGAAGUAUGUUAACUGGAGAACACAAUAUACACUUGAGGAAAUGCUGUACUGUAGAAACUGUAGAUUAUUUGUAGUUUGCAUGUAGUUACACCUGAGAAGUUAUUUGUUUUGUAAGAUGGAAAGAAAUUGUAUGUUUGUUGUAACUAAAAUAUUGUAGUCUUGUAUAAAUUAGAACAUUUGUAUAUUCUUGUAACAGUUGAAAUAGUGUUUACUUCAUGUUGAGACUGAAGAUUUGUAUAGUUGUUUUGUAGUAACACUUAAAAUUUGUGUAGUGUUCUGUAGUGACAUAAAUAAAUGGUUCUCUUAAA